GAUUUUGCUAUCGGUGAUAGAGCGUAGUACCAGCAUCUCGUUUACAGACUGAGUCAGAGCGGGAAGCCGACAAUGGUGAAAAUCACCGGCGUCGCAGAUAAUGUUGGGGAGGGGACGUUGAGGCCUGUUGGUGAGAUGUUGAGUCGAUUUGGAGAGAAGUACUGUGUUCCUUUGAAGUUCAACAUCGUGGCGAGUCCAAAACUCCGCAAUCUAUCUCGUGGAUUGCUCGGCUACGAACCGGAUGAGACACUCACCGUGAAUUUCGCAUUCAAGUUGUACCAAAUGUCUGACGAGAGCAUGUCGACUCAUAAUCCCAAAGACAAGCUUUUCCGGCGCGUGAAGGGACUGGCACCGCAGAUAGUCCCAUUGGUGGAGCAAGAAAUGAACACCAACACUGCGUCGUUCUUGACGCGGGUACGAGAAGCAACCACAUACUACGCAGCGCUGCUCGAAUCUAUCAACUCGACCGUGCCCAAGGAUCGCCCGAAGCGAGCGAAGGUGGAAGUGGUGAGUCUCAAAAUCGCGAACUCGGUUGCUUGUGAGGGUAGGGAGCGUGUUGAAAGAUGCAAGGUGUUUGGGAAGUGGAGGGUCCGCCUGGGCGUGGCUGGGUUCGAGUUGAAGCCACUGAGUCAAAACGUAGUGAGACAUGGCAAAAUCAAAUUGAUGACUGGUUUACUUAGGAGGUUGGAGAGGCAAAAUGUGACAUGGAGUGAAAUUAUUGCCAUGCUAUUAAUUGGGUGUGAUGUUUUUCCAAGUAAAUUUGUAAAAUUUAAAAGAGGUAAUUAGUAGAAAUUUUAAUAUGAUGGGUAUGCAUUUUCAUGGCUGAAGGACCAUUUGAGUUACGAAAAAAAAUAAAGUUUAAAGAUGAUUUGAGUGCUUUCUUAAGUAAAAGGAUGAAUUAAGU